GAGAGAGCUUGGGGUCGGAGGCUGUCCGUGAGCCUGACCUUGACCCUGAGGAUUACUUCACAACAACAAAGAAAAAGAACGAUAUCGUCUUUGGGCUGGAAAUUGCCACGCGUCGCUCGCUUUCCCCUCCGUCGUCCCACGAUUGUGCUCUCAAGACUCAAUUUGAAUGCAUGGAGCGACACCUGCGACACCUGCCUCAACCGCCAUCAACCGAUCGUGGACCCCUUCACGCGCACCGCACCGAUCUAGGAGCCGCCGCUUGUGAAGGGUCCCUUCGGCCGGUGCCGCCGCAACAACAACCCGCACCUGGCUGAACGGCGGGUAAUGGACAUCAUGUCCGCCACAACAAGUCCCGCGACCCAACAAUCCAACGGCCGGCUGCGGCUGCCGCCACCGCCCCGAGUCUCCGAUCCAGACAGCGGCACACGGUCGGCCGAGCAGACGUACAAUGACACGUACGUUGUCGCUUAUGACUUUGGCAGUCUCGAUUACGAUGUGGCAGCCAAAGAGUUCAGCGCGCUGCUCGACAGCCUCGAGGCGGCUGGGCUGCACACAGAAGUGCGCCCUAGCUUCGAGAAGACCAUGCUCGUGUUUGUCAAGGCGCCCGAGCAGCUUCUGGGCAACACAGUCUACAAGUCGAGGGUGAGGGACUGGCUCUACAGCAUCACGCAAGUCCGCCCUGAAGGCGACAAAAACACCGCGGUUCGCGCCUGGUACGAGGCUGAGGACCUCUUGGCCAUGCAUCAUCUCGUGGCCUGGCCGAAAGAGCUUGGGGGCGCCGGCAUCACCCCCGAGACGGGCCGAUGGGAAAACGUCAAGGCUAUUUUCCCGCUGCACAACGAGCGCGAGAAUCAAGUGCUCUUGAGACACCUCAGCCGACGUCUGGUGCUCACGGUCGACGACUUUGACAAGAUUCGCGACCUGCUUGGCGCAAAGGUAGGGUGUGCGUGCGCAUCUAAAGACACCUGGAGACGCGGCUGACAGCAGUCUGGUGCUACUCCACGCAGGUUGCAUUUUACUUUGCCUUUAUACAGACGUACCUGAUGUUCUUGACGUUUCCGGCCCUCACCGGCGUCAUUACGUGGCUUUUCCUAUCGCAAUACUCGCUCGCGUAUGCCAUCCUGACGAGCAUUUGGUGCUCCGUCUUCCUCGAGUACUGGAAAGUCCAAGAAGUGGACCUAAGCAUCCGAUGGAAUACACGAGGGGUCAACAAGUCUAAAACCAACCGGCCCGAGUUCAAGUACGAGCGAAUCCUCGUCGAAGCCAAUGGCCGGGUAAGGCAUUACUUUCCCAAGUGGAAACACGUCGCCCGACAGCUUCUCCAGAUCCCGUUCAUCGUAUUGGCGACCAUUGUUCUGGGCGCCAUCAUUUGCUGCGUCUUUGCUGUCGAGAUACUCAUCUCAGAGGCGUACAAUGGCCCCUAUCAGUUCUAUCUGGAAUACUUGCCUACGGUGCUCUUGGCCGUGGCGAUUCCGUACAUGAGCUCAUCCCUCGAGGGCGUUGCCGAGGCGCUCACACAAUACGAGAACCACCGGACCGCCGACCAGCACGAGAUGUCGCUGACGCAAAAGAUCUUCCUGCUCAACAUCAUCACCAACUACCUGCCCAUUCUGCUGACGGCGUUUGUAUACGUCCCGUAUGGACACGUUGUGGUGCCCAGCUUGAAGCGCAUCCUGCAGCGUCUGUUGCCCAGUCUCGAGACGCGCCUGUCGGCAGAGGCGUUCCGUUCCGACCCGAACAGGCUACGAAACGAGGUCAUUGCUCUCACUGUCACCGGACAGCUAUCUAGCUUCUUCGAAGAGAACGUUCUGCCGCUCAUCAAGCACAAGUUUCUUGGCUGGCAUCGUGCCUACCGCAGGGCACAUUCCAAGGACGCCAUGCUCCUACGCCUGACAACGGACGACCCCGACGAACUCGACUUCUUGAAGACGUGUCGAAAUCAGGGCACAUUGCCACAGUAUAACGUGCAGGACGAUAUUGCCGAGAUUGUUCUUCAAUUCGGCUACCUGGCGCUCUUUGCACCGGUGUGGCCACUCAUUUCCCUCGGGUUUCUCAUCAACAACUGGAUCGAGCUUCGAUCGGACUUUGCCAAGAUAUGCUUUGAGCACAGACGCCCAGCUCCCACCCGCGCAGACGGCAUCGGGCCAUGGGUCCAGUCGCUGGAGAUGCUCACGUGGUUGGGCAGUAUCAUCACGGCCGCGGUGGUCCAUCUCUUUGGCUCUGACGCCCACAAGCCUCACUGGGCGACGCUACCCGUGACCAUCUUCGUCAGCGAGCACAUCUUGCUCGUGCUGCGCUCCCUGGCGCGAUGGAUCUUUGAGAGGUUUGGCUCCGAGCAGAUUCGCAAGGAGCGCGACGAGCGAUACGCCAGGCGCUUGUCGUACCUGGAGACAAUGGAAGCGAAUAGACAGGCCGGGCUGCACCUCAGCCCUGCCGAGAAGGAGAGGAGGAAAUCGGUGCUUGUUCUGGGCUCUUAUAGCUUCUGGAGGAAGCAGGUGGAUGAUGGCAUGAGCGCCGCGGCCGGUCUCCGGCUCAUCAACUUGGCCAAGGAAUGGGACGCGGAGCACGCCGACAUUGCUGAAGAAAAAAAGAAGAAGAAGAGGAAGUGAUGAAGCUGGUCAUCCUCAUAAGUAAACUAAGACCGUAGCUACCUGAGGGAGCAGAGGACCCGGACAAUGGUAACAGUAGUCCUGCAGCUCAGGAUGGGCUCGCCUAAGCUAAGCUUCCACUGGCAUCUUUGCGUUUCUCAAAGGUAACUCUGUGGCCUUGUGGUCAUCGCCCAGAAGAGAC